GGGCAAAUUUGUAAACUAAAAUCAAAACCACCAGUCUUCUUCUGAGACAAAAUAAUAAAGAAUCAACAACCACUCCCCUGAUCCUGAUUAGCUAAAUUCGGGGUAAAAAUUAGGCAACAAUGACUCUAGGAUUGAUAAACGCAAAUCCGAUUGUUCGUGAAAAGAAAGAAAGAAUCACUCGAACAGAUGCUCAUCUUCACUGCGACGAUCAUGAAGCCGUUGAUCCUCUUGAUAUUUAUGAUUUUGUGAGGGACAUAAGAGAUCCGGAGCAUCCUUAUUCGUUGGAACAGCUGAGUGUUCUAUCGGAGGAAUCUAUCACCGUCGACGAGAAGCUCGGCCGAAUACUGAUAAGUUUCACCCCAACCAUUCAGCACUGCAGUAUGGCAACGGUAAUUGGUUUAUGCUUGAGGGUUAAACUCAAGGAUUGUUUCCCUCCACAUUUUAAGGUAGACAUCAAAGUAGCUCCUGGAUCACAUGCAGAUGAAGCAGCAGUUAACAAGCAGUUGAAUGACAAGGAAAGGAUUGUGGCUGCCAUGGAGAACCCUAACCUUCGACACCUUGUUGACGAGUGCCUUCACUCAAGUGAGCUUUAGUCUGUUGUACAGUAAGCUUACUUUGUGGUACUAUGGUAGUCCGUCUGUUUUUUUUGUAUAAUAUUCUCUUUUUGGAAAAAUCUUAGUAAUAUGAUUAUUUAAUGAUCAUGUAAUGUUGUGUCUGGUAUUCAAAAAGAAUGGGUCUUGUUCAUGGUGA